CUUUUUACUCAAAAAAUUGACAAAAACCUAUUAAACAUUGACCAAGCUAGUGGCUUACUGCUUGAAAAUUGGCAUUUUUCUUUGAUUACCUUUUUUUAUAUUUGGUUUUAGAUUAUUAUUAUUAUUUUUUUUUUUAUUUUAAAAUUAAACAUUUAAAUUUAAAAAUUCUAAAUUUGUUUAAAAUGGAUUUUCUGGAAGAUUUAAAUUAUUACUUCUACGAAUUUGCUGAUCCACGAGUUAGAGAUAGAUUUGUACUUGGCAGCAUUUGGUUCCCCAUUUUAACUAUAUUAAUUUAUUUAUACAUCUCAUUUAAAAUAAUACCGGAUUUCAUGAAAAAUCGUCCCGCCUACAAAUUGAAUACAUACAUUAAGUGCUACAAUAUUUUUCAAGUAAUUACCAAUGCCUAUAUUGUUAAAGAAUUGUUAAAGUGUUAUCCAUUUAAUAUUAUUCACAUUUGUCGUCCAAUGAAUUAUGGCACGGAUGAAUGCAGUAUGAGGAUAAUGGAAAUGUGUAUAAUGACAAUAGGUUUAAAAUUAAUUGAUUUAACCGAAACGGGAGUCUAUUUACUGCGAAAGAAAACUAGUCAGGUUUCAGGUUUACAUCUCUAUCAUCACAUAAGUACAUUUAUCUUCGGAUUUAUGUUCCUGAGAUUCUUCACCUCGGAAGUUGCAAUGUUAUUUCCAAUACUAAAUUGCGGGGUUCAUGUUAUUAUGUAUUUCUACUAUUUUCUUAGUAAUUUCGAAGGACCAAUUAAGCAGAUGAUCAUUCCUUUCAAACGCUACUUAACCCUCAUACAAAUGGCACAAUUCACAAUAAUGCUUAUACAAGUAGCGUUUUACAUGCUACAAGACUGUGGAAUAUCAAAAAUAUUACUCGGCGUAACAUUCCUUAAUGUUUCGAUCAAUUUUUGGCUCUUCUUUCAAUUUUACCAGAAAACUUACAUUAAUCCAAAAAAGAAAAAAAUCAAUUAAAUAUUAAUGAACUAGGAAAACGUGUCAGAAAUAUCAUUGCAUUUUUGCAAUUUGAUUUAUUUAAAUCAAGAGUGCCAGGAAAAAGUUGAAAUCCGUAAUGUGCAAAGUGUGUGAAUAAUUCAAAAAAGUAAACUUUGGCCGAUUAGAAUCAAAGAAAAAAAAAACAGUAACGAAAACAAAUUAAUAUUUGUCAUCCUAAAUACGUAAUUAUUUAAAAAAAAAAUACCAAAUACAGGAAGAAAAAUUUUUUUCAAUCGAAGGGUAUAUUGUUUUGAAUUUUUUUUUAAAUUCAUUUAGGACAUAAAGUCUCAUGAUUCUCUCACAUAUCGUCCAGAUACAAAUUCCUUAAUUUUGAAUUUUUUUUUAAAUUCACUUAGGACAAAAAGUCCCAUGAUUCUCUCACAUAUCGUCCAGAUACAAAUUCAUUAAUUUUGAAUUUUUUUUUUUGAAUUCUUUUAGGAUAAAAAGUCCCAUUAUGGUUCUCUCACAUACCGCCCAGAUACAAAUUCCUUAAUUUGUUUAAGGAGAAAGAAUAUUGUUUCUAUAUUAUUGUUUCCUGUUUCCGAAUAACAAAAUUGAUCAUUGAAUAUCACUCACCGAAUGUUCAAUCCCUGCCGACGAUAACUGAAAAAAAAAUUUAUUAAUGAAUUAGUGUCAAAAAUAUAUCUACUAAUAAUUAAAGAGUAAAAAAGUAUUUAUUAUAAUUUAUAACAAAUUAAAGUUUAAAAAAAAUUGAUCAAUUAAAAG